AUGCUAGUGGGACAUGCUGAUAAAACAAUUAAAAAUCAAUUUAAUAAAAUUCCCUAUGAAGAAGCACAAUCAGGAGAUAGUAAACUACUCUUAACAAACAAAAAAUAUUAUGAAAUUUCAUCAAAAUCGAUUCCAGAUUUAACAACAAUAACAACAACAACAACAACAAACCAUAGUGAAUUUUACUUAUUAUCCUGUGAUGUUAAACAAUAUCUUAAACUAAUGUCAAUUGAAGAUGUUAAUGAAAUACAAUCAAAUGAUCCAACAGCUCUACAUGCUGCCGCUUAUUAUGGUCAUCUAGAAAUUAUUCGUUUACUUAUUAAAUAUGGUGGUGAUCUUUCGAUUAAAAAUAAAUUCCAUAAAACUCCACAUGAUGAAGCUAAAACAGAACAAAUAAAAGAAUUAUCAGAACGUUCUGUUAAUGAAAUAGCAUCCUAUAAUAAUCAUUUAUUUAAUGAUUGUUGGUUAGUUGUUGAUAAAAGAGUUAUUUAUAUAGCAGAAACCAAUCGAAAAAAUAAAAGAAAUAUAUGA